CAGAUCUCCAAGAACUUUUACAACAGGAAUAGUUUGCCCGAGCCCCCUGCAAUUACUUUAGGAAUCUAUUUAAAUAUUACCUAGACGGUCGUAAUUUGUCUGGGCCAUAUAGCAAUGGUGCUGUAAGGUUUGUCGGCUUUUGUUCAGUUUUAUGACUUGCUAGUAUAUCUGGAUUGUUGCUGUCUUGGACGAGUGGUUUUAGUUGACUGAGGAGCUGCACAGGCAGAGGAAGCCAAGGGCUAUUUAUUUGCAAAGCUAGAGGACUUGGGCUUCUCUUUAUUUAUUUAUUUAUUUUAUUAAAAUAACUCGCUGGUUAAUUCACGAGGAAGGAUCCACUUUUAUUUUUUAUUUUUAAACCAAACAAAACUACCCCGCUAGACGCUCGGAGCUCUUUUCAACUCCAGAGGAAAACCUAGAUGCCCCACCCCGCAAAAAAGACGAUUCUGAUAAGGUGAGCACGUGGGAACGAGGAUCUUGAGCCUUGUUCUCCUUGAUCGAUCAGCUUUUCCGCCAUGAUUUUUCCUCCCCUCGCUACCUGCCUGCUUGCGGAUGCGCUUAAGCGGAGAAUGUUUUGGCCUUAAGGUUCUGUAUCAUUGCGCGUUGAUCAGCUCCAGAAUCCAGACAAAGGCAAAUCGGGUGGGGAGGGAAGAGAGAGGGGGAGAUUGGAAGGGGUGGGAGUGGAGACGGUGGUGAUGAUGGGAGCCUGAAAGGGCUGUGUAGCCAUUUCUUUUUCCAGACUUUGAACCCGCGCAUCUUGAUCGUCUCCGAUAGCCUAUGUAUACAAGGAUUCUUGCCUUUCGAGGCCUGUCUGGCCCCGCUGCCCCUUUCUCUAAGUUGCAUUUUAAAAAUAAAUCAUCCCCAAUUCGAUCCGUGGCUAAAUUAGAGAACUAUGAUGGAACGUAGAGAGUAAGAUUAAACGGAGUGACUUACAAAGUGGGCACAAAGGCGGUUUUAAUGAUUUGGCGGGUCCAGAAGAAGAGAACGAACUUCAUUUAUAAAAAACAACAACACAAAGAAUGUGGAAAGUUUGUAGACCGAGAUGAAGACUUUGGUGGAGAGGGCGGUGGGGGGGGCAGUGGGAAGGGUGAGGUCUUGUUGCUGUUCGGUUUUGCGAGGGGAGUGGGUUUUUCCCACCCCCUCGGAAUCUGUUUCUUUUGGGCAUUGGUGUCUCUCCAUAUUUAUUCGUAGCGGGAUCCUGUUUCGUAAGGAAAGCGGCAGUGGGGAGCCCUCUUAAUUAGGAGGCUGAGAACUGGUCGGUGGUUUAGGUAGUUUCAUGUUGUUGGGGCUGGAUCUCAAUCUCUCUCUACAGCACGAAACUGCCUUAAUUACUUCAGUUUGAAAUCAUCAACCGGGUCUAAUAAGAAUAAGCGCCGGAGUCCAUCCGUAGUAGUAAUAGCAAUACAAUACUAAUAAUACCGCCUUUUACUGAAGAAAUCUGGGAAGCUGCCAUUCCUCGGCAGGCGUUAAGUCCCAAUGCCAUUGGCUUGCCUUCUGCGCGCCGAAAAAACCCGCGCCUUUCCGGCUGCCCCUCAAUUAAUCCAUUUCAGCCAAGGUGGAAGAGGGGGGAAAUGUUUAAAGGCGCUAUUAGAGGAGACCUUCAAACUUAGCUAGGAUCGGUUGUCUUCGGGUUUUCUCAUGCAGGUUUCCUUCAAGGUCAGGUGCACUCUGCCAGUUUAGGAAUGUCCAGAUUUUAUUGUCUAAUCCCUAUCAAUGGAUACUUUGAUUAUUGUCGCUGCUGUUGCUGGUGAUAUUAUUCGCAAAAAAUUCUGUUGCACUGCUGUUUUCCUCUCUAUGUAUUGGGUGUGUUUCAGUUACUCCGCUGUAAAGGGAGAGAAUCUGGUAGCAAUUUCCAGCCCUGCUUACUGGUUCUCUCUCAUUAUAUUUUAUUGAGCUAUAUUGCGUUAUGAGGUCUCGCCGCCCGUCCGUUUGCGCAAACACACACACACACACAGAGAGAGAGAGAGAGAGAGAGAGAGAGAGAGAGAGAGAGAGCGCCCUUGCUCUCCCUCUACGUACAGUGGUGGCCUUCAGAAUCACCCUUUUUUCUCUCUGCUCUUUCUCCCCCUACCCCGAAGCUAGAACAGUCCUUCCAAUGUCUGCAGGGAAUGCAGACCCUAAGGGCAUAAGAGGCGGAAAGAGGGAGCCCGGGGAGGCAGAAAAACUCUGGAGGGGGGACCCCAAGGAUUUAUCUGUAGCUCACAAGGCCUCGGUUACGAUCAUUAUUGGAGUGUGUCCGGGCGCCUGCAUUCCAAUGAGGCGGAAUAAGCAACAGCGACCUCACUCGGGCUCCAGGCUGUUCUGUGCUGUCGCCUUGCCUUUUAUGCGCAGCAGCCCAGCAAGAGGCAAAGGAGCUGCAGCGCCUUGUUUAUACCGGAUACACACAUUGUUUACAGCUAUUGUAAAUGAACAAGACCUCUCCGUUCCAUGUCCUGGGGUGGGUCCGGGUGCAGGGAUAUUGGGAAACGCACGGGAAUAUCCUUUAUAUUCCACACACACACACACCAAGUUUCCGAACGUUUCAGAGAACAAUUAAAAGGGCUGGAGAAAUCAGAUUUGUUUAAUUCUGCCUCCCACAAACACACACCAUCCGGUCAAUUUUUGGGGGAGACUUUGCCAUGGUUGAAUAACUUAAAUGGCAAGUUCACAGAAUAAGUGCUUCGGGGCAUUGCUGCUUAUAAUAUGGACAUUGUGUGGUUAUGUAUGUGUGUGUGUUUGCACGAAUGCACGUGCCUAAGGUUUGGAUCUAGAGGAGGUACAUAUUCCCACCACGUGAAUACAGAAAGAAGGCAUUGCUGUAUGCAAGCAGCUACAAUAGCCAGCCUUCUGUAUGAAGUCUGUGCUUCUUCUGAAUCAUUCCACGAUUGUUUGGUCAUUUAUCUCGAGCAAAUCUUAUUUAAAAUCUAGAAACACAACAAAACAGACAACCCCAAGAACCCGGAAUUAUCCAUAUCAGUGCGCAAUACAUUACCUCCUACAGAAUACAGUAUUAUCCAAAUCCUAUUUGGACUACUUUUGUUUCCUUUUUUUUUAAAAAAGAAAUCUUUAUAUGUCUCUGUGUGUACACAUAUAUGUGUGUGCAGGAAUGAGAGGGAGAAGGAGGUGGAAUAUAUGUGUGUGUGUGUGGAGAGAGAGAAAAACGUUAGUUAAUUACAUUGCUUAGAUAUGUUUAGGAACAUACUGAUUACUUCAGACUCUGUGUAAAAUAAGUAAAUAAAGUGCGAGCACACACUUAUAACCCUUAAACGGCGGUUUUAUUUUUCCUUUAAUCUGUCUGGUAGGUAGAUUCAAGGGUUAAAACCUAAUAAUGUGUGUGUGUGUGUGUGUGUAACCAGAUAUAGUUAUUAAAACUCUGAAGCUGCGACCAUAAAUGCACUCUAACUUGAAAUAAAUACUAUUGAGAUCAGCAUAACAUUUUUUAACCCGGGCGAAAAUUUCCCGAAAUGGGCGAGUCAAUGUAUGUGGGUUGUUUAUAUGUAACGGCUACCGUUCUGCACACACUUACUCGGGAGUAAGUCCCAAAUUUAUGUGUUCAGGGUAAUGUCCAAAAACUGGUAGCCGCCUUAUUCCAACCCGAAGCCUAUUUCAUUGGAAGUAAUUAACAGUUCAAAGAAAGCAGGAAUUCGGCUAAUGAGGAACCUUUUUUCAUUUCCAUAUUAUUUGUCACUAAAUGGAAGUCAGCUAUAUGAGCUACAAAGCCGAGCUAUUAAAAAAAUAUUCCUGUUUAUACUGAAAAAACAAUACUUGCACCAUAUGAAGAAAAUGGCGAAGCUAACAUGCGAAGCACUUUGUAUUUAUCCCUUUCUAUCAUUUCGAAGGUGAAUAUAACAAACCAUCUUUAAAUUCUUUAAUUUUAAUGGUUCAGCAGCCAGCUUUUUUUUAGGGAGCUCGUGAAAUGUUUAUUCCUUUAUUGUAACGCGAGCCUCACAUUUCAAAUUUCUACAUGUCUACUCAAAAGCACUGAGUUCAAUGGCGCUUCUAGGUAACUGGGUAAAGAGACUGCAGCCUUAGACUGCAAAUUUACCCAGAAGUAAGUCCCACUGAGUUUAACGGGAUUUACUCUGUAGUACGUGCCUGGGAUUGCAGCCGGAUCAUUCCCGUUGUUUCCCACUCUCAAAGGCUUAAUCCGGGAUGAAAAGUCACUACCGCUUCCGAAACCCCAAAAAGUCAUAAAAACAUUUAGGAAUCCUGCUGUUAAGAUUAUUUUUCUCCUUCGAGGAGGAAGGAAGUUCUGCCAGCAUAUUUCACAACAGCUGACUCUCGAUUUUAAACAAAAAUGACGUAAGACUUCCGUCUUUCCAGGAGAGAAACCGACUAAUAAUAAUAUUUUCCUCCUCCCUCCUGUUGAGGAUAUAGCACUAAGGCGAUCACAUACUUUAGCUGUAAUUACAUAGGAAGACAUUUGUCUACAUUUUUUUUUUAAGAAAUGGCUUUGUUGAGGCAUGGGAAGAGAUUUCCAGCAUCGCCCCUGCGAAAUUAUUCCUGCUGAGGAUCUGUGAAAUAUUAAUUGUUUCUUGUAAUCUCGGGACCUUAUGUCAAAAAAAGAGAACUGACUGCUAAUUUAAGUUUUUCUCAAGACUCAGCUAUUGGAGAAGUAUGAAAGGGGAAAAGAACGCUGACGUGAUGUAAAGCUAAUGAGAACCAUACUUUUUGCGUUCACAAUAUUCACAGACGAAUUUCAUUAGCACGCGGUUUCCUUGCUAUUUGCCCCGUCUCUAGCCUGACGAAGAGUUAAAAAAAAUAAAAAAUAAAAUAAAAUACAGAGAUCCUUAUUCUAUUCCCCCUCCUCCCACUAGCAGAACACAGCAUUUCUUUCCAAAGAAAGAAAGAGAGAAAUAAAUAGGGGAAAAACGUGUAGGACAAUGAAUGCAAAUGUCACCGACAACCCACCAUUUAGUCAUAACUUUAAUCCACAACACUGGACUUGAUCUGAGAACCGUAUCACCUUCUCCUUGUUUUUCCUAGACGGCGGUAACCCUCCGCCGCUUACAGAAGCCAUAUAAGAACGUGCCAGAGAGUAAAUAACUAUUUGCACCUAAAAUCGGCUCGGGAAUGCGAUCCGCCAGCGGGGAUACUGCAUAAAAAAUGCAAGGGCGAACGAGGGUGCCCCUUUAAGGCAGGCGACAGGCAGGCUUUUUGCUCCUAUUUGCUUUCAUGCAUGCUUAGGAAUUAAUCGUCAUGAAGAGUGUGUGAAUGUGUAUUUUGUGUGUGUGUGUGUGUAUUCCUUCCCCACCCAUCCACAGACAGACACAGUCUCACACACUCACAGUCUCCAAUAUAGCUGUGCUUUAUCCGGUUCUUGACAGAAUGUGUAGUUACACUUCAGAGAGAGAGAGAGAGAGAGAGACAGAAGGGAGAAAAUGCCCAGUGGCCGUGGAUCCCCCGCCGCAGUCAACUUGAUCGAGGGGGAUGUGUCCGCUCAGUUUUAUUCCCGCAUAAAAGUUCUCUUUUGUAUUCCUCCUCUUGACUUGGUCUCUUCCUUUCACCAAAAAAAUAAAAAAUUAUAAAGGUUAUCUAGUUGUCAAACCUGCAUCAAAUAACAGGGCAUCAAAUAACUUCUUGAUAAAAUUUCACAAUAUUAUUUAAAAGAAAAAUAGCAAGAAGGGUAAUUAUCUCCCACACCUGCAGGUUAAGCUAGUAUUUGUGGCAGAAUUGAAAUGUGCCAGCGGUUCCUUGCCUUAUUCUGCUGCUGGAAUUAUUUCGGGGGCUGUGCAGGGGGUGAGGGGAGAGGGAGAAGAGAAAGAGAUUAUCGAGGAGCCAGGAGGUGGGUGUUUGGGAUUCCUGGGCUGUGGGUCCAAGAACUCUUAGAUCGGAGGUGCAGAUAAAGAUGCAAAUUUCGAUAUCGAUUUGAGAUCUCUCGCCCCCAGCCCCAGUUAUCCUCCUGCUCUGUUCGGCGGUGGGCUGUAGGAGAAGGCAGAUUCCCUUUUCGAAAGGGGAAUCGUGUUGCAUUUGACUUUUCCCUGCCAGCCCCAGUUAGCUCUGAACUCAACGGCACAGUAUUAUUUACAGUGAGUUCCCAAACUAAACACAAUAGUAUAAUUUAACCUUUCCAGGCACUCGUAAAUUUUUACUGCUGUGAAACACAGCGAUGCAAAUGAAUAUGCUCGUAGUUACUGACUUAAUAACAACCCCGUGGCUCCCGAAACAAUAACUCCUUAUGAAAUAUAAUAAAUAUAUAUUUAAAUACAGUAUGCCGCCAAUGUUAUUUUGCUUUUUUUAUUGCUUCAAUUAUUGUAUAAUUUUAUGUGAAGGUCUCCGAUCACAAGAAGGGUAGCCUGUCUGUCUGUCUGUGUGUGUGUGUGUGUGUGUAUGUGUGUGUGUGAGAGAGAGACUUGGCUUUUUUUUUUUUUUGCAAGGAACACGGGCCAUUGAUGGGAUGAUUAAUUAUGAUAUAAAAUAGUCCGCUUUAGAAAGGUGGCCAUACCCAAAAUUCUGAUCUUUUAAUCUUGAUCAGCCACAAUUAAAACAAAUAUUGCCGUACAAGUUGUCUAUCCCUUUGCAUAAAAACAUAUGGCUUUGCUAUAAAAAUGAUGACGGGAAAACACUGACCCAUUAAUAGCCUGCGGACUGAUUUAUACUUUAUUGUUCUGCUGCCCGGCCAUGUGACGCGAGGCAGCCAAUGGGCUGACAGGCAGCCUUCAACUUAUUAGGUGACUGUACUUCUUCGUGAGGACCAAGUUGUUACAUGAAAUCUGCAGUUUCAUAAUUUCGCCAGGUCUUGCCUCUCCUUUUUUUUGCAUUGGGGCUGGGGCUUGGCUUGGAUGGCUAUGUCUUCUUCGGGGACGCUCAGCAAUUACUACGUGGACUCUUUCCUCAUCCACGACAGCGAGGAGCUGGUGCAGUCCCGCUAUGGCUCGGCUUCCCUAGGUCAGCCGGCCAGGCAGGCGACCCUUGGAGACCACCCCGAGUUCACCCCGUGCAGCUUUCAGUCGAAAACGUCCGUCUUCAGCACUUCCUGGAACGCCGUGCACCCGCCGAGCGCUAACAAUGUGCCCACCGUGUACCACCCGUACGUGCAUCACCAGGCACCAAUGGCAGCGCCCGACGGCAGGUACAUGCGCUCGUGGCUGGAGCCCAUGCCGGGCUCCUUGUCUUUCCCGGGCUUGGCGGCCAGCAGGCAUUACGGCAUUAAACCUGAACCGCUCACGGCCAGGAGGGGUGACUGUACCACCUUUGACACGCACGCGCUCUCUCUGACUGACUAUGCUUGUGGUUCUCCUCCAGCUGAUAGGGAUAAGCAAGGCAACGACGGCGCGUUCUCGGAAAACAAUGGCGAGAGCGAGGCGAACGGAGACAAGCCCCAGAUCGACCCAAACAACCCGGCCGCGAAUUGGUUGCACGCGAGAUCCACUCGGAAAAAACGGUGCCCUUACACCAAGCACCAGACGCUGGAGCUGGAGAAGGAGUUUUUGUUCAACAUGUAUCUCACUAGGGACCGACGGUACGAAGUGGCCCGGCUCCUGAAUUUAACCGAGAGACAAGUGAAAAUCUGGUUUCAGAACCGGAGGAUGAAAAUGAAGAAAAUCAACAAAGACCGAGCGAAGGAUGAAUGAUGCUCGGCUUCCAGGUUUAAUCACGUUUCAAACAGCAAAAAUCUCCCCCUCCAGCGCAACGCAACACAAUCCUCCCCUCUUCUCUUCCCAGCAUACCCCGAGACUGUGUCCAGGCCUCAUGUGUUGUUAUUAUUAUUAAUAAUAAUAUUAUUUGGGGUUUCCCACCCCCCUGGGGUUGUUGCUGUUGUUUUGUCCUUGGCCAAUUCAGCUCUUGAAUGUAUCUUGCCAGCGUGCAGGGAGAUAUGGCUGUGCCCCGGUGCUAUUAUGGAGGUACCCAGAUUUAUCAUUUUCUAAUCAUAGGAAAGGAAAGAGGGGCAUUAAACGCGGAAGGCUGAUCUGUUGGCUUGUCUAAACCUACCUGUCCUUCACGAAAGAAAGAAAAAGAAAGAAACUACCUUUUUAAUGCACAAUUCUUUACAGACUGUAUAGGUUAGUCGACGUAGUUAAUUUUAUUUGCUCUUUGCGCGGCAGAGAGAGGUCUGCUCUAAUACUUGAACACUGUGUUUUAUUGUGGUAAUUAUAUUUGUGACUCAAUUUUUUGUGCUUGGGUGCUGUACCAGAUGUGAUUGUGUAAGCUAGGAUUCAAUUUGAACUCAGGUUGUUUAUUAUAAAGGUUGCAUAGAGUAUAGCUCGGUAGUGUAAGGAGUCCUUUUUCUGUAUCAUUAUUAGACAGUGAACCUUGGAUUGUACUGGGGGGAACCAAUUCGUUCGCUCUUUUUCUAUCCCAGCUUUUAAACACAAAAGUGGGGGCAUGAUCUGGGAUAGCCAAGGACUUGUGGACCCCCCCAGUUCUUUUGAAGCAAGUCAUUUUCGUAUGCACACUUGAUCUAUCUAUCUAUCUAUAUAUAGAACAGUCUUCGUCAGUUGUAUAUAUCAUAAUCUAUAUAUUAAAGAAAGAAACCCUUAAUAAUCAGGCUAGCUUGAAUCUUGUUUUUGCACCCGUGAGCAAUUUUCAGAUAACGGAGCUAUACCUAUAUGUGAAAAAGAAGGUAACUACCUAUGGUUUACGUUUUGAGUUUAAUCGAAUUUAAUUGAUUCUUAUUGUAAUGAAGUUUAAUUUUAUUGAUAAUAAAUUAUACACUCUAAAAAAAACCUACCUUUUGGUUAUUGUAGAUUUGUAUCGAUUAUUAACAUAAAAAAUAAAAAGUCCUGGACGUUAUGUUUAUGCAGAAGCUACACUGUAUAUUUUGCAAUAGUUACCUCAUGGCCUACUGACCAAAUAGUUGUGUCCAGAAUGAUAUUUAACUUUUUGCUAAAUAAAAUAUAUAUUGAUUCUUUUUAAAAAAAUUGUGCUGUUUUUAAGAUUAUUAAGAAGGCAAAACCUGCCGCAUCUUUACCUCUGGAGAGCAAUCAAAAUCCUGACACUGAUCCUUUAACACGGUUACUCAAAAGGAAGCCCCACUGAUUUUGAUGGAACUUAACUUCCAAGCAAUUAUGGUUCACAUGGCAAAUCCUUCUCCCAAACGGAAACGUGAGUGGAAUCUGGGAGAAGACGACAGUGGAGUAACUGGGCCAGGGAUGUUGCACCCAGGCUAUCCAAUGACUGUACAGAACCCUGCGCUGGAAACUAAGGAUAGUAGCUGGUGUGUGUGUCUUUAAUUAGUUAAGGUGCUGCGUAAUAAUAAUAAUAAUAAUAAUAAUAAUAAUAAUAAUAAUAAUAAUAAUAAUGGAACAAAUUGAUAAACAUAAAGCAAAGCAGGACAAAAUUUCGGUGACCUUUUGCAAGAAUAAUCUAGUUAGUACCCCGCCCCCUUUUCAACUCUCAUUUAAAAAUUCAACUUGGCUUCCAGAAGCAAAUAAUCCAUAGAUUAUGAAAUUUCAUCCAUGUCUCUUCAUAGAGAAAGCAUUCCCAAUGUAAAACCCAUUUCAGCUGCCUUCUGUGUCUUCGGUGCAUUCUCGCCCGCGAAAUAAAAACACCGCAUUAGAUGCAGCCAAAGAUGGAGGCUUAUCGGGCAACAAUGGACGCUAGAAAGGUUUUUGUCGUUGUUUCUAAAGUUCAGGUUAGAAAACCGGGCUGGUUGGCAAAGGGGUGUUGGUGAUGGAGAUUAACCAACACUUUAACGAAUACAUGCAGGCGAUGGGGUGGGGGGCAGUCCAAACGGAUGAACAAUAAAAGGAAUUCUGACUAGUUGGGAGUUUAGUCGCGCCUCGGGCAGGCUCGGCUCUCCGCUCAGAAAUUAUUAUCCUCCCCCAUAAAAAAAUACCAGUUAUAGCAGAGUUGUGCACAAGACCAAACAGGGGCUCCUCUGUAGCUCAUUGCAGAAGAGUUUAUUUUAAAGGCACAAACAAGCCCGCACACUUCCAGCUAACAAGUCUUAGCUGAAGAAGCUGUUAAGAAAAUUCAGAGCCAUAGUGUGCCAUAAAAGAAAAUGACGGCUGUAACCGUUUAUGGGGUGUAAAAUGCUGCAGGGUUGAAGGCAAGAACUUUCAGUAUCUCAGGCUUUGAAAAUGUUCGAAGGUUCAGGCUUUGAAAAUGUUCGAAGGUUCAGAGAGGCAGGGAAAAUUACUCUGAGUUUUGUUGGCCUGUUUAAUUUUUAUUUUAAAAAUAAAGAAAUCUCUGGUAAAUUGCAUUUAAUUAACAAAAAGAGAAACAGUUCUUGUCUACAAAAACGGAAGGGGGGGUGAGUUCUAAUUAAUGCCUGUUCCAGUGGUUUGGGAUGUUGCGACGCCCUCUGUUGUUGCAGACAGUGGGGACUUCAAAGAAUCCGCAUUGGAAGUGCGUAAUAAAUGGCAGGUCUGCAAACUGUCUGGAAUUCGGCCCUUAAUGAGUUUACAACUGUCCAGCCACAAUUAAGAUUUUCUACAAAAGCCCUUUCAUUUGUUUUGUCUGGCUGUUUUAGAUAAAGCGGGUCUGCGGAAAUAGCUCGUUUUUAUUAGCCCUUUCCCCCUCUGAAAUGUAGGCUGUAAGGUGAGCGUUUAUCUUUAAUGAAUAUACCGCUGGAACCUUUUCUAUAAUUGCUACUGCAUGGCAAAGUAGAUUACUGAAGCGUUUGCAAGGGUAGUUAUCAGCUCUGUUUACACGUUCGUAAGAUUCCUGCACCUAUUUUAUUGCUUGCGAUUACCAGGAUAGAACAGCAGAUGGCAGUGUUGUUCCACGAAAACAAGGGCGAUUUCCGCCAUGAGGCCAAUGGAAAAAAUUCUAAAAUGUCGACUUUCUAGGAUCAGCACAUGCGGUUUUGAAACUGCUGAUUUGAUAUUAACAAAAGGCGAUAUUAUAUAUGCCCCCACUACUAAAAUGAAUACCUUUAAUGCUUCAGUAUUUCGUGUUUCAAUAUGUUAUACUCUUAAAAGUAAAUAACUGCAAUGGUAAACUUCUCCGUUUGUAACCAUUAGUUUAAGUAUUAGUAUUUUAGUAUCAUUUCAGUUCUGUACAGACUGAUAUUUUCCCCUCUCAGCUUGAAGCAUGCUUCAAGAAUACUGCUAAUUUGACCGCAGCAAGAGCAAAUAUGUCGUGCGCAUGAGUGAUAAUCCAACACAUAUACAGUGAGAAUAUAUUUAAACAGUUUAAGUUUAUACAGAUGCAUUUGGCUUGAACACCCCGUGUAUAAUGUAAUCGACUAAUGAAAUGCAUAACGGCAUGAGUAAGGAUCUAUAAUGUACAACGUCAAAGCAGAUAUUAUCACACAAUAUAAUCGUUUGUAUUAACCCGUUCAUGGCUUUGGCAAUUUACCUGGGAAUGUGCCCCAAUGAAUGCAGCAAGGCUUCUUACUUCAGAGUAUAACUGUAUAGGACUGCAGUACGCUAUAUACUGAGGCCGCAUAAGCAAUUUUUUAUAGCCGGGAAUCUCAAAGCGCUUGGAAUGCGGAUGCUGGUGAUUGAAACGCGGCAGAGUUGUUAAAGAAACAAGCUCAGUGUGUAUUAAAAACAACAACAACGCACAGGUAGACGUGGGUUUUUUAUUCUUUUUUUUUAAUGGCUCCGAUUAAUUAAAAAAAAUAUUUAUUAGGAGCAAACAGUUUUCACAGUGCAAUGGGCGAUGCUGAGCAUCGAUGGCUCCAUCUUAAUCUCUUAUUCAGCCAAUGACCCCUGACUUUGGUUCCAUUCUGCUCUGGGCACAGAAUCCUUCGGAAACGACGUUCUUUUCGCCGGGCCAAAACAGAGGCUCUAAGUUGGUGGCUCGGCAACAAAAUUUAAUUUGAAAAUUAUUUACCGGCCACUGAAUUUCUUCACCAGAUGUCUUUGCGGCAGUUAAAGGCUCCCGCUCGCUUCCUUAAGCAAUUUCAUCUCUGUGGGACCCGGUUUAAUUAUGCAGUGCAGAUGAUAACAGUUCUAAUACACCACAGGAGUGAAAUGCCUGUACGAAUCCAGACUGGAACUCUUAUGGCAUUUUAUUUACUAAUUCGUGUGUGUGUGUGUGUGUGUGUGUGUGUGUGUGUGUGUGUGUGUGUACCUCUCCCUCACCCCUCACUUCUGAAUUCUACGGCUCCAUCGAGCCAGUAUACACAAACAUACAUAUGAGCCAGUAUACACAAACAUACAUACAUACAUACAUACAUACAUACAUACAUACAUACAUACGGAAGAUAGAUGAAUGGACUCAAUGUUUGUGAAUAAAUAAGACAAUCAUACCACAAAUGUGCACCUAAUGUACCGAAAUUAAGAGCCAAGAAAGACAAAUAACACUAUUGGGGAAAUGCCUUAAGUUUGCGUCUUUUUUCCCCUGCCAAAAAAAGAAAAGAAAAAGAACGUUUAGCAGUCAAAUGACCCACUAAAUGUGAUUAUCAAAGGUAUUUCAUUGUAAUUCCUUAAUACGAAUCCAGGAGGAUAAAACAACCUGAUUCCUAAAGAAGAUUGGAAAUUUAUUGUGCAUUUAUUGUGCAUGGGACUUACAUAUACUGUACUUAAUUCAAAUCGCCAGUAGAAAAUGCCGUUUAUAUGAACGAAUGACUGGUCAUGGCAGCUUUUAGUGUUAAUUCUUAUUGUCUUGUGUGUACUUUUAAUGUAGCUUGUCCUCAAUGACUUCAGCUACAGUAAAAUGCAAACAAGAAUAUACAUUUGCUGUAAGUAAUUUGGACAAUGGGUGAUCAAUGGAGAUACCGUAAUAAAGGAGGAGGAAGGCAGCUGAAACAGCGGAAUAAUACCCCGAGUCCAAAUUGCAGAAAAUUCUUUGCUUGAUCCAAUAAGAAACCACCCUGCAGAAUGACCAGUUGGUGUGUGUGUUUUCAAAUCAUCCUCGUUGUUUUUAACUUUUUAUUCUGUGUGUUGGUUGUUUUUUAACGAGGUUUGUUUAGAGAAAGCUAUAAAGCAGCAGUUUCUAGGUUACAAUUUUUUAAAGGGGGCGGAGAGGGCACUUUGGAUAGAAUGAGUGACCUAGGGAAAACUUUAAAUAAUUAAGCAGCAUCCAUUCCAACAUAUCUUUCAUUUUUAUUUUUAAGUGGGAUGGAGAAUAGAGGCAUCUUCUAAAACUGGACACCAUUAAAUUUCCGCAUUCAUGUACCGGUAAUAUGUCCAGGAAACAUGGCUUAGAAGUUAAUAAUCUUUUCGCCCUCUUUUUUUUUUUUGCUAUUUAUACUGGAAGUCUAUACUUUGGAGGUGAUUCGGAACUCAUUGCGAAGGGACAUUCCGUUUAGCGAGGGUUAGUCCUGAGUCUGUAUUAUAAAACUCCCUAUUUCCUGGAGGGGAGGGGAGGCCGUGGACAACGAGGUCUGUGUGUGAUGGUUUUCUCAAGUAGCGUUUCGAAGAAGUGACUUUAGGCAUACGCGAUUUUAAAAUAUAUUUAUAUAAUAAUCCCAGCAGAACUGACACACACACACACACACACACACACGUCUAAGAAAGCAGUGUGCGGUUUGAUGCUUCCAGACCUCGGCCUCAAAGCUGGUUGCACUUAACGGUGUCCUUUCAAGACUCAUCGAUAAAAUUCUGUCUUGCUCUUAUCAAUACCCAAGUCUAGACUGUCGGUUCUGUUUGCUGCUGUUUUCUUCUGGCAUCUUGGCUGCGUUGUCACCAGAGGAGCAAUUUAUUGGAAGAAUGCCGUCUAAAUCCGCUUCUUUGAUCUGGCUCGUCGUCUUUGGCAGGUUUUCCUUCGCCUUCCCUUCUUAACUUCUUAGCCCUUUAUAUUUCUCUCAGGAGGCUUUUCUUCCUUUCUUAAAAUUUCAAGGUUUUUUUUGAGGGGGUGUUAUUACUGCAGCCCCGCAAUCUUGCACCACACGCCUCCCCCCCCCCCUCUCACAUUUUCUUCCUUUGGGAUUGACAGCCAUCUUAGUGCGUAGACCGAUUUUGGCGGAAUCGAAAACCAAAGACGUCGCAAAGCAAACCUCGAAGGGCAUCCAUGGGGACGGUCUCCGAGCCCAGGACCGAUUCCAGUCCAUAUCACUGAUUGUGAAGAUGAGUUCGUGAUAAUAACGUUCUUCCUUUGCAAAACUGUACACCAACACCUCUCUCCAGCCCCUGUUGCACCCGGGCCUCCUCAGGCCCCUUAGCUGAGCCCCCCCCCCCCAAUUCUCUGCUUCCCUCCCAUGGGUUACCAAAAUGUGCCCCUCUGAAGGGUCCCUGCGAAAUAUGGGCCAGGCAUAAUUCUAAACUGGUGAGAACCUCUUUGUACACACAGGAUACCAAACUCUAUAAUCUAAAGGGAGAAUUUCCGGGGCAAUCUCAUUGUCCUCCUUCCAGUUUAUGAUGUGCAAUAUAGCAGGGCAGUAAAAGCUGUCUUUACCAAAACUCCCCCGUCUGAGGGAAGGAAACUAGUUUUACGAUCCGUUUUAAAGGAAGGGUAGGGCGCAACAUCCUCAAUGGCUUGUCCUCUUAUUGCUUGGUGGGGGCCGAGUGUUUAGAAAUUAAGGAGCUGGCUUAUCCGAGAUCUGGGGAGGGGGGGGGAGGGCGGACCGGACACACAUGCCACCGCUCUCACUCACCACCACCACCACCGAAAGCCAGAGGUAGGUAUUUAUUUACCCCGGGGGUGGGGGAGGAAAAAGAAGAAGCAAGGAUGAAACAAAGAAACUUGAGUCCGCAUCCCAAGUCUCUUCGAUUUUUUUUAAAAUAAGAUAAAAACAAACGGACUUUCAGCACCUCUUAUUUCCCACUGUAUCAUUUUUGGGGGGCUGGUGGUGACUGAAAUAUGCAUGCUAUUGGAUAGAAGAAAUCUACACUGGUAAAGGCAGACCGGCUGAAUCACCGAAAAACAUAACAUAACAUAACAUAACAAAAAUGCCUCCUGGAUAUAAACCUUCCUGAAGUAAGAGGAGGCAAAAGCAGACACAUGCCU